UUGCCAAAAUAUAUUAAACUAAGGAAACCACUCAUGAAGCUUCCUUAAGCUUCGAUACCAUUCUAUCCAAAUAUUAUAUAUAAAAUCCAUAGCGAUUAAUUUAGCUAUAACUGAGCAGUCGCAGCGUAAGGUAAACGCCUUCAUGAGCGAGACGUUUACUCACCGUUUUCCUACAUGUUUCCAGCUUUGAGACCAGUACAAAUAUUCCAUGAAAUGAUCAAAAUAAGGAGAUUGCGACAGAAAAAAGGGGAGAGAGAUGAAGAAAGAAGAAAGAAAGUGGGAGGAUUUAGCGUCUGAUUGCUUGGUUUAUAUUUUCUGUUUUGCAGGGUUGGAAGAGCUCACAGUCGCUCUUCCAUUUGUGUGUAAAUCCUGGUAUGAAGCUUCUUUGGAUCAUCGAUGCUGGAAGAAUCUUGACUUCCGGGAACUGGACUUCAGUUCUGGAAGUAAUUUUGCACGAAUAUUCAGGCAGGAGUAUGGUGUUAGAAGAAGCAGCUUUUCGUUUUCUGCUUUCAUGAAGAUGUGCGUUAGCCGCAGCUGUGGAUCAGCAGUGGAGCUUACGAUCCCAUAUAUUGUGGGAGCUUCGAUUCAGCAGGAUCUGAUCUAUGCUUCAAUCAGGUGCCCAAGACUAAAAGUGCUUGCAUUACCAAGCCUACUUGAAAAAGAUGAGAAGAAACUACCAGAAUUGAUAAGCAGGUGGAAAGAGCUUGAAAUUCUAGAGAUUACAUGGAAGCCCAAUUCAUUCUUAGAAAUCCUUGAACAAAUUAGGGUAAAUUGCCCCAAUUUCAUAGGGCUACACUUGUGUGGAUUAUUUGAUAUUAUGGAGACUAGGACUAUUGUGAAGUGCAUGCCAAGAUUGAAGAUUUUGGUUAUGAGUGCUUCUUAUCUUUGUAAGGAAGAUUUGAUGGAGAUAUUGAAUGGUUGCAAGGAAUUGGAGGUGUUUGAUGUCUCAAAGUGUAGGGGUUUUGUUGUUGAUAAUGAGAUAUUAAAGAAGGCAUCUAAGAUCAAAAAGUUUGAGUGUGGAGAUUGCAAAUUGGAACAAAAUUAUACUAAUUUUUACUAUGAUUACUUUGGUGAUGAUGAGUUCAUGGAUUUGUUUGUUAUAAAUUUUUUAUGAAGAAAUGUAAAUUGGAGUUCAUAUUUUUAGUACAAUUUUAUGGUAAGUGGAGCAAAUUAAAAUUAUUUUGGAGUCAUUUGAUUUGCUGAAAAAUUAAUGUGAUGUAAAAGGAAUUCUAGAGAUUAAAAUAAAUUUAGGACAUU